AUGUCCUCUGAAUUUUCUUUAUAUGAAAAAAAUUUUCCGCAAAAAUAUGUUGACGAUACAAUUAAAGCUUACCCUUUUUUAAACAAAAGUAAGCUACAAACUGAAUUGGAACUUAUAUAUAAACGAACAGAUUUUCGUAGCAUAACAGGUGCUGUUAAUUUACUACAAUUUAUUAUUGAUAACAACUUGGAACAAAUAUUUUCAGAAACAUUUAAACUUAUACGUAUUAUAGCAACAAUACCUAUGACAACAGCAGAAGCGGAAAGAUCGUUUUCGACAUUAAAGAGGAUAAAAACAUUUCUUCGAAAUACUACGGCAGAAGAACGAUUAACUGCAUUAACGAUGUUAUCCAUUGAACAGAAAAUGGUGAAUCAAAUACCAAAUUUCAAUGAAGAAGUCAUAACAGUAUUUAUGAAGAAAAAAGACAGAAGAAUUGAUUUAGAAUUUAAAAAUAUUAGUAAUUAA